AUGGUGUUGGUGGUGUUUAAUGCCAUAUUACCGUAUUUCUAGCUACUGCGUUUUCCAUAUGUAACUAGAUGAGCAGAUCUCGUGGUGGACUCCACAUGGCUACCUAGCCUGCUAACUAGCUAACAGUUAAACCCUGCUAACUUGCAUUAGCCUUCGCGGUGUAAAAACUGCUAGUGGAUAGUUUUACAGGUUGUUACAGUCAAAGACUAUGGGCAGUGUGUUGGCUGCCGCUUCCCCAAGUCCGGCCCCAGCCACAGCGGGAGGUGGUCAAGGGGUCCCAGGGUUGGUGUCUGUCCCUCCAGGGUUCACUAUGCCUGCGGUAUCUUCCGUACCUUCAACAUCUGGAUCGGGCCAACAGACAGCAGAUGCAGAUUCCUCACUUCCUAACCCAGGCACAUAUGAAGAGUGUCACCGUAAAUGUAAAGAAGUGUUCCCUCUGCAGAUGGAAGGGGUGCGGUUAGUGGUAAACAAGGGCCUGAGUAACCACUUCCAAGUCGGCCAUACUAUUACCCUCAGUACCUUGGGUGAUUCUGGUUAUCGAUUUGGUGCCACCUACAUAGGCAGUAAACAGACUGGACCAACAGAGUCAUUCCCAGUCAUGGUCGGAGACAUGGACAGUACCGGCAGUCUGAAUGCCCAGAUCAUCCACCAGCUCACAACUGCUGUUCGCUCCAAAAUAGCCAUCCAGACUCAGCAGCAUAAAUUUGUGAAUUGGCAAUGCGACAUGGAGUAUCAUGGUGCAGACUUCACCUCUGCUGUCACAGUUGGAAAUCCAGACAUACUGGUUGGAUCUGGCAUUUUGGUGGCCCACCACCUCCAGUCCAUUACACCAGCACUGGCUCUGGGUGGUGAGCUGGUGUACCACAGAAGACCAGGGGAGGAAGGAACUGUCACUUCCUUCUUGGGCAGGUACACAGGAGACAACUAUGUUGCUACAUUGACUUUAGGAGGAGCAGGAGCUCAUGCUACAUACUACCACAAGGCCAAUGAUCAGCUACAGCUAGGAGUUGAAUUUGAAGCCAGCACAAGAAUGCAGGACACCACAACGUCCUUUGCUUACCAGUUGGACCUUCCCAAAGCUAAUUUGCUUUUUAAAGGCACAGUUGACAGUAACUGGGUGGUUGGAGCAACCCUUGAAAAGAAACUGGUGCCUCUGCCUCUCACACUGGCGUUAGGGGCUUUCCUCAACCACCGCAAGAACAAGUUCCAGUGUGGCUUCAGUGUCACCAUUGGCUAGAGGUGUGGGGUUUACUAGGAGCCAGCUCACAGGCCACAGCUUGGACCGGCACAGAGACACACAGGAACCUGCACUCAGUUUUAGAAAUUGGAUUCAGAGACUCUCUAACAACUGUGAUAUCUGGGGCAGACAGAGACAGACAACUACCAAGGAGCAAGGACUCGCCAAGCCCUGUCUACAUACUGUAGCACAACUGUCUUUCCUAUAUGGUGUAUUGGAUGUACCCAGAGGCUAGAGAGAUGUGUAUCAGAGGGCAUCAGGUGAUGCAUGAGAACAUGUGAAAAUCUAAGUGGUUAGACAUAAUAUAUGGUGAUCUUGUAUGAUUGAAAUAAAUGUCAGUACUUUUUGUAAAA